AUGAACUGUGCAAAAAGCAGCAACAGAAGCCAGCAUUCUCCAUCUGUCGUCCCUGUGCGAGACACUGCACGAUCCUUUACAACCUCUAUCCGGUUUAUUUCAAGAAUAGAAGAAGUAUUGAAUGACUGGAAACUUAUUGGGAUUUCUUCAGGCAAACCUCUAGAAAAGGGGGUAUAUACCACAGGAGCAUGGGAAGAGAAAUCAGAUGAAAUUUCAUUUGCAGAUUUCAAAUUCUCAGUUACCCAUCAUUAUCUUGCACAAGAACCCAGUGACAAAGAUGGGAAAGAAGAAUUGGUAGAAGAUGCCCUUCCUCUGCCUAUGCAGGACUUGCUGUGUAUGAACAAUGACUUUCCUCCUAGAGCUCAUUGUCUGGUAAGAUGGUAUGGCUUACGUGAAUUUGUGGUUAUUGCUCCAGCUGUAAAUAAUGAAGCAGUUCUUAGUGAAUCCAAGUGUAACCUUCUGCUGAGUUCCGUUUCCAUUGCAUUGGGGAACACUGGUUGUCAGGUACCACUCUUUGUGCAAAUACAUCAUAAAUGGCGACGAAUGUAUGUUGGAGAAUGUCAAGGUCCAGGAGUUCGAACCGACUUUGAAAUGGUUCAUCUUCGCAAAGUGCCAAAUCAGUAUACUCAUUUAUCAGGUUUACUGGAUAUCUUCAAAUCCAAGAUUGGAUGUCCGCUAACACCCCUGCCUCCAGUUAGCAUGGCCAUUCGGCUUACGUAUGUGCUUCAAGACUGGCAGCAGUAUUUCUGGCCCCAGCAGCCACCAGAUAUAGAUGCUCUAGUUGGAGGAGAAGUUGGAGGCCUUGAAUUUGGGAAGUUACCGUUUGGUGCCUGUGAGGAUCCGAUUAGUGAGCUCCAUUUAGCUACCACAUGGCCUCACCUAACGGAAGGUAUAAUCGUCGACAACGAUGUUUAUUCUGACCUUGAUCCUAUCCAAGCACCCCAGUGGUCUGUGAGAGUCAGAAAAGCAGAUAAUCCUCAGUGUCUGUUGGGUGAUUUUCUUACCGAGUUCUUCAAGCUUUGUCGUCGGAAGGAGUCAACUGAUGAGAUACUUGGAAGGUCUGCAUUUGAAGAAGAUGGAAAAGAGGUUGCUGAUAUUACCCAUGCUUUGUCGAAACUCACAGAGCCGGCACCAGUCCCAAUCCAUAAACUAUCUGUGACAAAUAUGGUUCACAGUGCAAAGAAAAAAAUUCGCAAACACAGAGGGGUAGAUGAGUCGCCUUUAAAUAAUGAAGUUCUGAAUACUAUUCUUCUGGUAAGUGAGCUGUUGUCUAUGCACAUUAUAAAUCUCUUCAGUCAGUUUAAAUCUGCUCCUUCAGAUAGUCUGACGUACAAACUAGCUUUAUGUCUUUGUAUGAUAAACUUCUACCAUGGAGGAGUAAAAGGAGUGGCACAUCUUUGGCAAGAAUUUGUGUUAGAAAUGCGCUAUAGAUGGGAGAACAACUACCUUAUUCCAGGAUUAGCUAAUGGCCCUCCGGAUCUGAGAUGUUGUUUAUUGCAUCAAAAACUUCAGAUGUUAAAUUGUUGUAUUGAAAGAAAGAAAGCAAGGGAUGAAGGGAAAAGGGGGAACGCCUCUGAUCGUUCCCCUGGUGGUUCUUCUGGUGAUGCUGGAAAAGGGGCAGACUACUCUGGAGAAAAUCCAAAGGAGACAGAUAAGGAAAAAGAAGUUGGCAAGUCUUGGGAAUCGUGGAGUGACAGUGAAGAAGAAUUUUUUGAAUGUCUGAGUGACACAGAAGAUCUGAAAGGAAAUGGGCAGGAAAAUGGAAAGAAAGGAGGAGCAAAAGAAGGCAACAAAGAGUCUGUAAAUUUAAAACCAGAAGGUCGUCUACAUCCACACGGAAAGCUGACGUUGCUUCAUCCGGGAGAGCCUCUGUACAUUCCAAUAACACAGGAACCCGCACCCAUGACUGAAGACUUGCUGGAAGAACAGUCUGAGGUACUGGCAAAACUAGGGACGUCAGCAGAAGGCGCUCACCUUCGGGCACGCAUGCAGAGUGCCUGCUUGCUCUCAGAUAUGGAGUCUUUUAAGGCAGCUAAUCCUGGUUGUUGUCUGGAGGACUUUGUGAGGUGGUAUUCCCCUCGAGAUUAUAUUGAAGAGGAAGUGGUUGAUGAAAAGGGGAAUGUAGUAAUUAAGGGUGAGCUGAGCGCCCGAAUGAAGAUUCCUAGCAACAUGUGGGUAGAGGCCUGGGAGACAGCAAAACCUGUCCCAGCCCGGAGGCAGAAGAGACUCUUUGAUGACACUAGAGAGGCAGAGAAGGUGCUUCACUAUCUUGUAGUUCAGAAACCAGCUGACCUUGCAAGGCAUCUUUUGCCUUGCAUCAUCCAUGCAGCUGUACUCAAGGUAAAGGAAGAAGAAACACUAGAUGAUAUCUCUUCAGUUAAGAAGAUUAUUAAGCAGAUAAUAUCCCAUUCCAGUAAAGUUCUACGAUUCCCAAAUCCAGAGGACAAGAAAUUGGAGGAAAUCAUUGCUCAGAUUAUGAGCGUGGAAGCAAUCAUUGCUAGGGCCAGGUCUCUGAAAGCAAAAUUUGGGGUGGAGAAAUGUGAAAAUGACGAGCAGAGAGAGGAUUUACAAAGAUUUGUAAACUGUCUCCUGGAGCAGCCAGAAGUGUCAGUCGUUGGUGCAGGAAGAGGGCCUGCUGGUAGCAUCAUUCACAAGCUGUUUGUGAAUGCCCAGAGGCUGACUGAAUCUUCUGAUGAGGCUUCUACAGUGACUCCAGUUGACGAAGAAUUGAGGAGAUCAGGUUCGUCGGACGAGCGAAGACUCAAUACAGGAGCUGUUUCAGAUUUCCCGCCGCCCACGGGUCGUGAGGUCAUUUUACGCACAACUGUCCCCCGCCCUGCACCUUACUCUAAACCAUUGCCACAGCGCAUGUACAGUGUGCUUACAAAAGAAGAUUUUCGACUUGCAGGUGCCUUUUCAGCAGAUACAACAUUCUUCUGAUGUAGCUACCUAUGUUAUCUUGUGUGUCUUCACAAGUAGAAAACUGUUUGUUUUCCUUCAGGGAAGUUAGUUAAUACUUAUAGACUGAUCUGGUUUGUGGUGAGGAGAAAACACUUGUCAUUAGUGAUUGAGAAUAAUAUUUCCAAGGAUAGAGUUGAAUUGGCAUCUUAAAAGGAUGCUUGCACCAACCUUAACUUGGAUGUUUAGAACAGCUAGUAGUUUUAAUCAGAUUUUUGGGGAAGAAAAUUUAGCGCUAUUCCCCUCUGUUCAAAGGGGAAAAAAAAUUUUUUUUUGGAUUAGAUUGUUUUAAUAAUGGACACUAAUAGGCUUUAUGCAAAUAUUCAUGUUAAAAGUUAUGCAGACAUGCUGCUUUAGUUCCUAAUCAGACUUUAUAAAGUGAUGUUAGUCUACUUAUAUUGAUGUGCAAAUAUUAAAUAAUUUGUAUUUAUUGCUAUCACAUGAAUAUUGAGCUUUUUUUGGCUAAUCACUAAGUUGCAACUGCCUAUUUUUAAAGUCUUGAUCGUUUAAAGUACACAGUAAAUUGUAGUUUAGGCUAAACUUCUGAUAUUGCAGCAGCUGUCCAAAAAGCUCUUGUAUCUCUUGGGCACUCCUCCCAAACACUGACAUAAGUAUAGUUUGGGCUGUAACUGGAUAUUAAACCUAAUGUGCAAAUAGCCUUAAGUGGAUCACUAACUAAAGUCUGGAUACUGUAUAUCCUUCCCUGCAUGCAAGGGCCAAAGCUGUAUGUAAAUUAUGUGUACAGAGGUGUUUUACUUUAAGCAACUUAUUGAUAUUUAUAGAGAUCUUUUGAAUGCUUACUGUUUCUUUGAUUUGUUAAACAUAUGUUUAGCAUAUGGUAAAACAAUUCCAUCACAGGCUGUGAACUAACCCUACCGGCGAUCAUGCAAACAGUAUGACUUGUAUGUGCCAAUGUUGCUUUACAGUGAUCUUAGUGUGCUUUGGUCAGAAUCAGCAAAAGAUCAGAGUUACAAUGCAAAUUGAAAUGUAAAAAUAACUACAGUAAAAAUAAAUAAAUCUGAACUUAUGAUUGA